UUUUUUAAAGUGUAGUACCAAAUUUAUAGAUUGUUUAUUGCAUUUGGAAUUGGGAAAACAGAAAACAAAGCUGUCGCAAGUUCCAGUUUGCCACAUCUGUCAUGACGAUAAUGAUGAUGCCAGGUCUAAGUCUUUGUGCUCUGCUCUCGCUGGCAACAAUGUCCCUGGCGAGCAUUACGAUAAGUGUGGAAGAGUCUAGAUUCUCAUUAAAAUCCAGCAUGGUACAGAGUAAUACGAUAUAUAUGCUUGGCGAUGGGAAUGGAGAUGGAAAUGGAGCUGGAAAAGCAAUUGGUACUCUUCUAAAUAGAGAGGAAGAUGCGGAACUGGUUGAGAACGAUUCGGAGAUACUGUUGCCCGAUGACAAGGACAAUUGUCCGGCGGGUUAUUUUCAUUGCAAUACAUCAGCUCAAUGCGUUCCACAGCGUGCGAAUUGUGAUGGAACUGUGGACUGUGAUGAUGAGUCCGAUGAAUGGAACUGUGUGAAUGAAGUGGAUGCCAGGUAUUGGGAUCACUUGUUUCGCAAAAAUCCAUUUGGACGUCAGGGAAUGGAUGACAAACCGAUUGGCGAGUGUUCCUGGAUCAAUGCCAAUUUCAGUUGUCCCUGUCGUGGCUCUGAGAUAUUGUGCCGUUUCCAGCAUCUCACAGCGUUGCCACUGCGUUUACCCAGCAACAAUCUGACAACGCUCGACCUAACGGGCAACAACUUUGACAUCAUCCACGAAACCUUUUUUAGUGCUCUGCCCGAUUUGGAGAGUCUUGUACUGAAGCUUUGCUCAAUCCGUGAGAUUGCCUCGCAUGCAUUCGACAGACUGGCCGCAAUUUCCUUGAAGACACUUUAUAUGGACGAUAAUAAAUUAUCACGUUUACCAGAGCAUUUCUUUGCCCCGGGCAAUCAAUUGAGAUUGUUAAUUUUGGCACGCAAUCGACUGAGUAGCCUAAGUGCUGGCGAUUUCCGUUAUCUGCAACGCUUAGAGGAACUCGAUCUACGUGGCAAUCUCAUAGCUGAGUUUGGGGCAAGCGUUUUUGGGCAACUGGAGAGUCUGGAGGUGCUCUACCUGAAUGAGAAUCGCUUGCAACAGCUGCAGCCGGGCAUGUUUCCGACCAACUUGCAACAUCUUCAUACGCUUUCAUUGGCCCAAAACCAAAUUGCGAGCAUUGCGGCCAACACAUUUACAUUUCCGCAUCUGCGACACUUAUUUCUGGCUGGCAAUCAAUUGUUUCACAUACGCGAUGGAACCUUUUGCAACCUCAGCUAUCUCCAAGGAUUGCAUUUAAAUGAGAAUCGCAUUGAGAAAUUCGAUUUGCACGCGUUCGACUGUCUGGAGAAUCUGAGCUCUUUACUUUUAACGGGCAAUCGUUUUAAGACCCUCGAUCCGGCGGUGCUGCAAAAUCUCAGCAGUCUGGAUUUUAUCUACUUCUCGUGGUUCCAUUUGUGCCGCGCCGCGUUGCAUGUACGCGUUUGUGAUCCCCGUGGUGAUGGCAUCAGCAGCACCUUCCAUUUACUCGAUAAUCAGCUACUACGCGGCAGCGUUUGGGUUAUGGCCUCCAUUGCCGUUGUGGGCAAUUUGCUCGUCCUUUUGGGUCGCUAUUUCUACAAAUCGCGCAGCAAUGUGGAGCAUUCGUUGUACUUGCGCCACCUGGCGGCCAGUGACUUUCUCAUGGGCAUCUACCUGACGCUUAUCGCCUGUGCGGACAUCAACUUUCGAGGACAAUACAUACGGCAUGAGGAAUCCUGGCGUCACAGCAGUCUCUGCGCCUUUGCUGGUUUUCUGAGCACAUUCAGCUGUCAGUCGUCGACACUUCUCCUCACUCUGGUCACCUGGGAUCGUCUCAUGUCCGUUACACGACCUCUUAAGCCACGUGAUACUGAGAAAUUUAGAAUUGUAUUGCGACUGUUGCUCGUUUGGGGCAUGAGUUUUGCCCUGGCUGCGGCACCUUUAAUGCCCAAUAAUUACUUUGGAGCCCAUUUCUAUGGGAAUAACGGUGUCUGUCUCUCACUCCACAUACACGAUCCAUAUGCGAAGGGCUGGGAGUAUUCGGCAUUGUUGUUCAUCUGCAUUAACACGAUGUCGCUGAUCUUCAUACUCUUCUCCUAUGUGCGAAUGUUGCAAGCGAUACGCGACUCUGGCGGUGGCAUGCGUAGCACACACAGCGGACGUGAGAAUGUUGUUGCAACACGUUUUGCCAUCAUUGUAACCACGGACUGCGCUUGUUGGUUGCCCAUCAUUGUGGUCAAAAUUGCCGCUCUGUCAGGCUGUGUUAUUUCACCCAACUUAUACGCCUGGCUGGCGGUGCUGGUACUGCCGGUGAACUCGGCCCUCAAUCCGGUGCUCUACACGCUGACAACGGCCGCAUUUAAGCAGCAACUGCGUCGUUAUUGCCACACAUUGCCGAGCUGCUCACUCGGCAACAACGAGACACGAUCGCAGACGAACACCGGCUACGAGUCGGGACUGAGUGUCAGUCUGGGUCACUUGGGUGGUACCGCUGGUACAGCCGGUGGUGGUUCGGGACGCAAACCACAGCGUAUGUCCAAUCGACACAUGAGUUAUCUGUAGAAUGUGGACAGCAGGAGGACAUUGGAGGAGACGCGACUGUAAUGUGAUCUAAAUGUGUAGUUAAUUUUAUUGUAAUUCUAUAUAGAUGGUAUAACUAUAUAUUAAUAUAUAUAUAUGUAUAUGUAUAUGUACAUUCGCAUGUAAAUACAGAUUUCUGAUUAUAUUGCGGCAGUUGCAGCAACUGCAAACAAAUAACAUUUAUUUUUUGCAUGAAAACUAACCUCAAUUCUAGCAGAUCAACUAACGUUACAUUUACAGCAUAACCUCAAAAAAAA